GGGACCCCUCUCGGGCCUCAAGUCCUCGCCCUCCAUCCCCCGCCCCCAUGGUCCCAGAUCCAGGCCCUGCCAACAACAGCACCCUAGACUCGGGAUCGGGGCCGCCGUCGGACCCGGAGGGGAGCGUCUGGGUGGCAGCCGCGCUGUGUGUGGUCAUCACGCUGACGGCUGCGGCCAACUCGCUGCUCAUCGCGCUCAUCUGCACGCAGCCGGCGCUGCGCAACACGUCCAACUUCUUCCUGGUGUCUCUCUUCACCUCGGACCUGAUGGUGGGGCUGGUGGUGAUGCCGCCGGCCAUGCUGAACGCGCUGUACGGGCGCUGGGUGCUGGCGCGCGACCUCUGCCUGCUCUGGGCCGCCUUCGACGUGAUGUGCUGCAGCGCCUCCAUCCUCAACCUCUGCCUCAUCAGCCUGGACCGCUACCUGCUCAUCCUCUCGCCGCUGCGCUACAGGCUGCGCAUGACGCCCCCGCGCGCCCUGGCGCUGGUCCUGGGCGCCUGGAGCCUCGCCGCGCUCGCCUCCUUCCUGCCGCUGCUGCUGGGCUGGCACGAGCUGGGCCGCGCGCGGGCACCCGCCCCAGGCCAGUGCCGCCUGCUGGCCAGCUUGCCCUUCGUCCUCGUGGCGUCGGGCCUCACCUUCUUCCUGCCCUCGGGCGCCAUCUGCUUCACCUACAGCAGGAUCCUGCUGGCCGCCCGCAAGCAGGCCGUGCAGGUGGCCUCCCUCACCACCGGCACGGCGGGCCAGGCCUUGGAGACGCUGCAGGUACCCAGGACCCCACGCCCAGGGGCGGAGUCGGCUGACAGCAGGCGUCUGGCCACCAAGCACAGCAGGAAGGCCUUGAAGGCCAGCUUAACUCUGGGCAUCCUGCUGGGCAUGUUCUUUGUGACUUGGCUGCCCUUCUUUGUGGCCAACAUAGUCCAGGCUGUGUGCAGCUGCAUCUCCCCAGGCCUCUUCGACGUCCUCACGUGGCUGGGAUACUGUAACAGCACCAUGAACCCCAUCAUCUACCCACUCUUCAUGCGGGACUUCAAGCGGGCCCUGGGCCGGUUCCUGCCGUGUCCCCGCUGCCCCCGGGAGCACCAGGCCAGCCUUGCCUCCCCCUCCAUGCGAACCUCUCACAGUGGCCCCCGGCCAGGCCUGAGCCUGCAGCAUGUUCUACCACUGCCCCUGCCCCCGGGCUCGGACUCUGACUCGGGCUCGGGGUGCUCCUCAGGCCUGCAGCUCAGGGCCCAGCUGCUGCUGCCUGGAGAGGCCGCCCGGGACCCCCUGCCACCUGCCAGGGCCACUGCCACGGUCAGCUUCUUCAACAUGGAUCCUGUGGAGCCCGAGCUGCGGCUGCGUCCGCUUGGUACCCCCACUAACUGAUCCAGGCUUGGAGCUGGUCGGCGGGGAGUUGGACUG